UCAUAUUGGCAAAUGUCAAAAUUUGACAGGCUCAUACGGACAAACAUUUGUUAAAAAUACAAGACGGGGAAUCAUAAAUAUUUAGUUAAAUUGAACAAUACUUAGUAAAAAAUGUAUAUAUAUCCAAAUGCCUCAGUUCCUGUCCAAGAAAUUAGAAUGAUAGCCACGCUAAACUUCCCUCCAAAUCGUAUGAGUUUGUGCUCCGGAAAGAAGAGCACCAACAAAAACAAAAGUAGGAAACAUAGUCGGUGGGGAACCAAAGAAAGAAGAAACGCUCUUUCUUUCCCAAAACCCAAAUCAACCCCACUCCUCAUCCGUCACCGACCUCGUACUCAAACAAAAUUCGAAGCACUCGAACAAGUGGUCAAAGAUCUUGAAGCCUCUGUCGAGAAGGGCAUCAGAAUUGACCCUGAAAUCUAUGCUUCUUUGUUGGAAACAUGCUACCACUUGGAAGCCAUUCAUCACGGUAUCCGAGUCCACCGCCUUAUCCCAUCAUCGCUCUUGCAUAGAAAUGUCGGCAUCUCCUCGAAGCUUCUGAGGUUGUAUGCCUCGUGUGGGUAUAUGGACGAGGCCCACGACCUGUUUGAUCAAAUGGCUAAGAGGGACACAUCUGCUUUUCCCUGGAAUUCACUUAUCUCAGGAUAUGCCCAAGUGGGCUUCUAUGAUGAUGCCAUUGCUCUCUACUUCCAGAUGGUGGAAGAGGGUGUUGAACCUGACCUGUUCACCUUUCCCCGUGUUCUCAAAGCUUGUGCGGGAAUUGGGUCUGUUCAAGUGGGGGAAGAGGUGCAUCGCCAUGUGGUUCGUUCUGGCUUUGCCAAUGAUGGGUUUGUUCUCAAUGCUCUUGUUGACAUGUAUUCUAAGUGUGGUGACAUUGUAAAGGCUCGAAAGAUCUUCAACAAGAUGCCUCAUAGAGACUCCGUUUCAUGGAAUUCAAUGCUUGUAGCUUAUGUUCAUCACGGCCUAGAGGUCGAGACAAUGAACAUUUUCCGCUUCAUGCAUUUGGCCGGGUAUAAACCUGACUCUAUUACCAUAUCCACCAUUCUUACAGGUGUGUCAUCACUGUAUCUUGGGGUUCAAAUUCAUGGAUGGGUAAUCCGGCAGGGACUUGAAUGGAACUUGUCCAUUGCUAAUUCCUUAAUCAUGAUGUACUCCAAUCAUGGCAGGUUGGAUAAGGCAUGUUGGAUAUUCAAUCUAAUGCCAGAGAGGGAUGUUGUUUCGUGGAAUUCGAUAAUAUCUGCUUAUUGCAAACACCGGGAAGCCCUUGCUUAUUUUGAGCGAAUGAAGGAAGCUGGUGUGGAGCCUGAUAAAAUAACAUUUGUUUCAUUGUUGUCAGCUUGUGCCUAUUCAGGUUUGGUGAAGGAUGGAGAGAGAUUGUUUGCUUUGAUGUGUGAAAAAUAUGAAAUAAAACCAAUUAUGGAACAUUAUGGUUGUAUGGUUAACCUUUAUGGAAGAGCUGGACUGAUUAAAAAGGCUUAUAGCAUCAUAGUCGAGGGAAUGGAUUCUGAGGUUGCUGGUCCAACUCUGUGGGGUGCCUUGUUGUAUGCAUGCUCUUUGCAUGGAGAUGUAGCUAUAGGGGAGAUUGCUGCAAGCAAGCUUUUUGAUUUAGAGCCUGACAAUGAACAAAAUUUUGUACUUCUUAUGAGGAUCUAUGAAAAUGCAGGCAGAUUGGAUGACAUGGAGAGAGUUAGAAUGAUGCUGGUUGACAGAGGAUUGGAUUAUUAGACAGCUAUACAUCCAAAGACUUGCCACACAAGGGAACCAGAUAUGCUUGAUGCAUGAUUCAUUCAGUUUCCAGUUUGUACCACAAAUGUGGUUACCAUAUGGAUUCUUUGACGUACAGCAUCAGCACAUAGCUUCGGAAAAUAUUUUUUUCACGAAAUCUAUCUUCACAUUACAUGCAACUACUACGUUCGGUACUUUGCCGGCUAGAA